UCCCUAAUGACCCGUAACAUUAAGCAUCUUUUCAUGUUUAUUUGCCAUCUAUAAAUCUUGUAUGAUAAUAUCUAUUCAAAUUUUUGCCUUUUUUUAAGUGGAGGUGUUUUGUUCUUUACCUUCUGCAUUGCAAUAGUUCUUUAUAUAUUAUGAACAUGAGUCCUUUCCUGAAUAUAUGUAUACUUUGCAAAUAUUUUUUCCCAUCUGUGAAAUACUGAGAAGCUUCUGCAGCAAUGGCUGUUUCCCACUAGCAGUUGCGCGUUUUGCAGUUACUAAAGAGUAAGGGAAAUGCUGCUGAUAUUUUUGUUUGAAGGUGCAAAGUUCACAUUUUCACUACUAACUGAAUGACUUCCAUUUGGUACAGAACUGAAUAAUCUUUUCUUGGUUUGAAGAGUUGAUGGGAUCACAGCUCUGAUUACUUCUGAACUCUCAGUCUUCUCCAUCCACUGAAAAUAACUAGACAUCUCCUAGCCAAAUAAACACUGCCCUGGGAAGCCUGUCCUAAGGUGUCCUGUUUUAAUUGGCUAGUUGUAUGUUUCCUUGUAGAGAAAGAUAAUUUCCAGCUUUGAGAACUAGAGAAGAGUGGAACUUCCAAAAUGACCACUCCCAAAAGGAUUAUCCAUUUUGCUAAUGGAGACACCAUGGAAGAAUAUAGCACAGAGGAGGAAGAAGAAAAAGAGGAACAGAAAAUAAAUUCGACACUGGACUCUUCUCAACUUUCAUGGGGGGCCUCCCUAUGGUUUUGGGCAGGACGAAUAGCAAGCACUUCAUUUUCUACCUGUGAAUUCCUCGGUGGAAGAUUUGCUGCCUUCUUUGGUCUUACUCAACCCAAAUAUCAGUAUAUGCUAAAUGAGUACUAUAGGAUGCAAAAUAAGGAAAAUGACAAGGAACCUGAAGGGACUGGAUCCAAGGCUCAGGAAGCUGAAGCUCCUGAUGAGAAGUGUCACCUGGAGACUGGAGACCAAGAGUAUGGGACACAGCGGCAGGACAGAGCAGAGGCCGUUCCUUAGUGGAGUGUGUCAUCCAGGAAGUGCCUUGAGACUGGUUCCAGCCUGUGAUGGACAGUAGUGGCUGGAGUACCCCUGGGGAUCUCUGUUCCUGGGCCAUUGGUUACCAUGGCAACAGCACCACAGAGAGCAGAUCAGAUCCCACUCUCAGGAUUUAUUCUCAAACCUCCAGGGUUGCAAGCAAUAAUGUGAGUAAUUUUGGAUACUUUCUCAAUGUAAAUUUUUAUUAGUAAGUCUCUACGCCCUGACUCUAUCUCAGUUAUUCAAGUUCUGUUAGUAUUGACAUCUUUACCGUAGUAUAACCUGGAGGUUUGGGCUGAAAUUCUUUAUCAUGGAGUUAAGAUGCAGUAAAGAAGCUCUGUUCCUCAGAAGAAAAUUGAGACCCCACAAAAUCUGAUCAUCCCUUUUCAAGAUUUGAAAUAAGGUACGAAUUUCCAAAGCAGCCAUUUUGGCUUACUUAGUUGGUACUGGUUUUAGAAUAAGCAAAUAUUGCUAACAGCUCUGUUAACAAAAUUUCUAUCAAAAUAUUUGAGAAUUAGGUAUAUUUUUCACACUCAAAAAUAAUGUAAUCUCUAAAAACAUGUUUUUUAAAAAAUUGAUGAUUUUUCUUUAUUUUCCCAACAAAUUUUCAAAACCUAGAAAGAUUAAACACAGAAAUCAGUCAGCUAGCACAUAUGGUGGUGGGCCAGUGGUGAGCGGGAUGCAAUAGAAUCACAGGGCUUGUGUCUGGAAUUCAAGUUUCAGUUCUGCCAUUUACUAAUUGUGAGAUUUUAGGCAUCCAGAUGUCUGAGCUGCAGUCUCCCUCUUUGUAAAAUAUGGGUGGCAUUUAUUUUGUUCCUUAAGGGUUGUUUUUCAGCAAAAUGAGAUAAUAAAUGUGAAAACACUUUUAACACUGAAAAUGUUUGUUGCUACUAUGUAAAUAGUAAGCUGUCAUUUUGGUGUUCCACAGACAACCAUGUCUUCUGGAAUUCAUGCUUUUGUAUAGCCCUACCUGCAUGAACUCUGGGAUUGGCCAUGUGACUUGCUUUGGCCAAUGAGAUGGCAGCAAAUGUGAUGUAGGCAGAGGCUCCAGAAGCACUUGCACACUGGGGCUCGUCUGCUUGGCAAACUUCCUGUCCUAAAGAAACGUGGGCUGCGUUUCUGAAUGAUGAGCGGCAACAAGGGGAAAGGCCCCCAAGGAAGAAAGACCAUUUUACAUACCCCAGCCCACCCUAGCUGCCAGCCAAAUGCAGCCACAUGAAUGACCUUCUGCUAGCCUGCAAGAAACUGGUGAACCAGCUUAGCACAGUCAACCCUCAGAACCAUGAGAAAUAAUAACUCACGUUUUAUAUUCUGGACUGGUUAUGCAACCAUGUGUAAUUACAACCAUAGUUCUCAGAGAAGGGGAAGUUGGAAUUAACUUGAUAUGAAAUCAAAGACUAGGUAGGCCUGGAGAAUAAGAUGUGAUUAGUUGGAUAUUCUAGGAUAAGAUAGAUUGUGUUGUACAAACAGAAUAAUUGCAAGACCUCUGGGUUAAAACAGCAAAACUUUC